GAAGUGGGGCGGGACUUCCGGCUCCGGCGCCAGGCCCGCCAGGAUGCGCCUCUCGGUGGCGGCGCUGAUCUCGCACGGGCGGGUGCAGCGGCGCUUCGGCCUGGGCCCGCGCUCGCGGCUCGACCUGCUCCGGAACCUGGUCACGGGGCUGGUGCGGCACGAGCGGAUCGAGGCCCCCCGCGCACGCGCAGACGAGAUGCGCUUCUACGCCGAGCGCCUGAUUGACUUCGCCAAGCAGGGCGACACCAACCCCCGCGCCAUGCGCAUGGCCGACUUCUGGCUCACGGAGAAGGACCUGAUCCACAAGCUCUUCAAGGUGCUGGCCCCGCGCUUUGAGGCGUACUCGGGAAACUAUACCCGCCUGGUCCGCAUCCCCAACCGGGAGAACCUGGACCGGGCCCCCAUGGCGGUCAUUGAGUACAAGGGGAACCCGCUGCCCCCGCUACCCAUCCCCAAGAGGGACAGCAACAAGACCCUGCUCAACCAGCUCCUGCAGGGCUUCUGGCGGGACCAGCGCCUGGCCCAGAAAGCCAAAGCGGACGAGGCCCAGGGCAGCCCCGUCUAGGCAGCCAGAGACUGAGCCCGAGGCCCUCCCCCUCUCCAGCCGGAAGCGCCCUCCCUCCAGGGCGGUCAAGAAAGACCAGGAAGGGGUCCAGGAUGCAGCAGGAGGUCUUGUCUAUCUUGCAGGAAGUGAGCGUGUGUUGACACAAUCGGUUUGCUAAUAAAUAUGGACUGUAGAGUC